UGACGAAAUCAAAUUGCAGAUUUAUUGUACGGUAAAGCCUGAAGAAAAAAAAAUCAUCUGUUACACACAGUUAAGAAAAUAAGAAGUAAUAUUUGAACCAAUAUUUGCAUGCCAUAAUUUCAAAAUUAGUGCUCAACUUUAAACUGAAGAUUUUUGAACUCGUGUCAUCUUAUAUUUAUAUUUGCGCUUUCAUGAUUACGUUAAACGAUCGAUGACAGUAAACGUGAAACGAAGUGGAAUGUUAAACUAAAGUUAAAGCGGUAGUUCAAUUAUUUGAGUCGACUAUUUUUCACAGUAGUAAGACAGGAUUUUUACUCCCCACUAUGACAGCAAAGCGGUUUCCAUGGAGAUGGGUGUUAGUGAUUCUGAUAUUUCUUGUUGCUGCUGGACUUUACUAUGACAUUCAUGUGCACGGUUCUUUCCAGAAGUCACAGACAAGAAAGUUUCUGAAGGAUGUUGGUGUUCUAACAAUUUCUCAACAGGCUUGGAGAAGUACGGCAGUUUACUGCAGAAAGAUGUAUAGGUGGGCUCAAAAUAACAUACCCAUGUACUGCAGAAAAGUUUCUACUUUCUUGAACUACUACCUGGAGAUAUUUUGGACAAAGUUUUUUGCCCUCUGUGUGUAUCUGUGGACUAGUACUCAAGGUGUACGAGACUGGCUGAAUGUGAAGAUUCCACCUAUACUUGAAUCGCUGAACAGUAAACUUCCAGUUUACGUGGAGAAAGUCCUAGCUGUGGUGUUGGAGAUGUUAGUAGCAUUGCAAAAGUGUUUAUCGUGGCUUGGAAGCCACUUACUGUAUUACACCUCGAUCAUUGGGAUGUGGUUACAGGAAAAUGUUUUUACGUGAGUAACUUAUUCUUUCAGAAAAC